AAAAGAGGAGAGAGAGAGAUGGAGGGGGUUGAAGCUCGGUUUCAUAUGUCCUGGAGGAGGAGGAGAAGGAGAAGGAGGAGGAGGUUUUCAGUUUAACACACUUUAGCGUUGUCGACUCGAGUUCCACAAAAGAACAGACAAGCAACCGGUGGAGAGCGAAACGAGCGGAAUUGUAACAUCGCAACAUUGAAACAAUGGAACGCUGCGACAUUGUAACAUUUGUUUUGUUCGAGAAUCCCGCUUAAAAGACGCCGACAGUCGGAGGAGUUUUCAAACAGCGAAUGUGGAUUGUGUUUAAAGCAGCUGAGUGUGCAUAUUUUUGGAUACGGUUAUACCGAAAGGAAACGGAGGGGAAAACCGUUGGAAUAAUAACGACAAUAUGCGGCGCCUUUUACAUUCCGAAAGAAGUUUAAUGGGAAAGUUCGUUUCAAAACGCGAAUGUCACUAACAGAACCAAUGUGGUUAUUCAAAGCUCUUUUGCAUUGGAAACGUCAUGUAAUAAUGUUAAUCUCUUCUGUUAUGGAUUCAUAAUGUCUGUACGUUAUUCAUUGCGUCUGUUUGUGUACAUUCUGUGAGCUCCUAUGAGGAUGACCGUAACACUGCAAAUGGCAUAAGAGGAUGAUUGCUUUUCAUAAAGGUCAUUGCGUAUUGGGAGUUCUUUAUAUCACAUUUGCUUGGACUUGUAUGUGGUUCGUUGAUGGCUGUUUCUGUUGCUCAAAGCGACUUGGAUCGGAUUCACUCUCCACCGGCUGAUCAGGGGGGAUCGAUCUGCCUGAUUCACCCUUUACAGCAUCUACAGGAGGAGGAGGAGGACGCCGUCAGGACGCAAGAGUGGCUGCUUGUUUUGCACUUGGACUGUUUUGAAAAUUCGCCUUUUAUAUCUGGACCUGGAAUAUAGAGCCCGUUCCCUGGAAAUAGCCCGCCUCUUGUGCCCUAUAUGCCUGCGUGAGGAUUUUGCAGGCAGGGAUGCAGUUGAAUCGACCCAAGAGCGCGCAUCUCAUCAGCUCCAGUCCGCACAAUUCAUCCCCCUAUUCCAGCCAGUUCAAAAGCAUGCGCUUCUCGUACCACAUCAGCAGCGGCUUACCCAGUCCACAGCCGGCCCUGCGCAGAACAGGCCCAUCCACAUCCAGUCCGCGGCUCCUAACCAAGAGUCUGUCCCUUGAGCCAGGCCCCUGCCUCGGAGCCCACGAGACCCCACAGCGCCUCUGCUCUGACCCUGGACCCCUGGAAACCCAGCACUGCAAUGGCACAAGUGAGAACGGACCCCAGGAUGUCCCGCCUCCACCUCCUAAAACACGCCCACCUUUACCUGGGCCAAAGCCUCAAGUGCCCCCGAAACCCCCUCAUCUACAGCAGCCGAACGCUCGACGGCCACGCCCCCCGGACAAGCCCCUCCCUCCACCGCCCUCCCGCCCACUCCCCGCUGACCCUCGCCAAUCACGCGCCACCUUACCGAGAGCAGAGGGAAGCUCCUCCCCCACUUGUGUCCUCUCGCUCAUUGAGAAGUUUGAGAGGGAGCAGAUCAUCGUGGUGCCAGAUAUCACCGGGGGAGUGAUGUGUACCCCACGGGUCCCGGAACAGCAGGCCGCUCCUGGGUCAUUUAGCCCUCCACCCUCGGAGUUCAUCCUGCCCUGCACGUCCCUUCAGGAACCACUAGAGGCGCCGCUGGCCGAGGAGGAGAUCGAGAAAGAAGAAAAGGAGGAGGAAGAAGAGGUGGAUGAAACCGAGGAGGAUGACAGUGAACUCGGGGCAUCCUGCUCAGAAAAGCGUCUCUCUAUGGAAUCAGGCUACGGUGCCUCUGAUAAACUGCUGGACACCAUGGAGAUGAGGGACCUCACAGCCAACCAAUCAGAAAUCCCCUCUGAUCGCUUGUCCCUCCCACCAUCACAGAUGGAUGGGAAGCUGGCCAAUAGAGACAGCGGUAUUGACAGUAUCAGCUCGCCCUCACACAGUGAGGAGCUCUGCUUUGUUGGGGACGAGGAUCGGGUCGGUCACGAGAGGGAGAUUUGCCCGUGCAGCCCAGGGCCCGGGCUUCCUUGCGGCUAUGCCGAGGGGCCCGGAGGAGAGGGGGCCAGCGGUGUGGAGGGUGGCAGAGACUCAGAGGGAGACAGUGAUAUGGAAGAGGGCAGCGGUGACGAGAGUGAGAUGAACCCAAUGGCCCUACAACCUCUGCCUAAAGCUGAACGACAAGACUCCACUGAGCUGUCAGUCCAGCAGCGGGUAUUUAACAUUGCUAAUGAGCUGCUGCAUACAGAGAAGGCCUACGUGUCCAGACUGCACCUCCUGGACCAGGUUUUCUGCGCCCAGCUGAUGGAGGAAGCCCGGGCUCGCAGCUCCUUCCCCUGUGAGGUGGUCAUGGGCAUCUUCUCCAACAUCUGCUCCAUCUACUGCUUCCACCAGCAGUUCCUGCUGCCCGCGCUGGAGAAACGCAUGGAGGAAUGGGAUCUGAACCCCCGCAUCGGGGACAUCCUGCAGAAACUGGCACCUUUCCUGAAGAUGUACGGAGAGUAUGUGAAAAACUUUGACAGGGCCAUGGAGCUAGUGAACACCUGGAUGCAGCGCUCCUCUCAGUUCAAAGCCAUCAUUCACAACAUCCAGAAAGAGGAGAUGUGUGGGAAUCUUACCCUACAGCACCACAUGUUGGAGCCUGUGCAGAGGAUCCCUCGUUACGAGCUCCUGCUCAAAGACUAUCUGCACCGCCUGCCAGAGGACGCGGACGACUUCAAAGACGCUCAGAAAUCUCUGGAGCUGAUCGCCACAGCGGCAGAACAUUCAAACGCUGCCAUCAGGAAAAUGGAGCGCAUGAGAAAGCUGUUGAAGGUGUACGAGCUGCUCGGUGGAGAAGAGGACAUCGUUAACCCGACUAAUGAGCUCAUUAAAGAGGGACACAUCCUGAAACUGUCAGCUAAAAAUGGGACAUCACAGGAUAGAUACCUCAUUCUGUUCAAUGACCGGUUGUUGUACUGCGUCCCUAAACUGAGGCUGAUAGGACAGAAAUUUGGAGUGAGAGCGCGGAUUGAUGUAGACGGCAUGGAGCUGAAGGAGACCAGCAGCAUGAACGUACCACGAACCUUUCUGGUAUCCGGAAAACAACGUUCGCUAGAACUGCAAGCAAGGACGGAAGAAGAGAAGAGAGAUUGGAUUCAGGCAAUCCAGGCCACUAUACAGAGACAUGAACAGACGCUCGAGACCUUCCGAAUGCUCAACUGCUCAUUUCGGGAGGAGGACUUCACUCCUCCCAACUCUCCAAAUUGCACAGAGCUUGGAAAGCGAGCGCCCACUCCAAUCCGGGAGAAAGAGGUCACACUGUGCAUGAAGUGUCAGGAGCCUUUUAACUCUAUUACCAAAAGACGGCAUCACUGCAAAGCCUGCGGACACGUGGUGUGUGGAAAGUGUUCGGAGUUUCGCGCACGUCUGUUGUACGAUAACAACCGAGCCAACCGUGUGUGUAUAGACUGCUACACGACGCUAGUAGGAGUGCCGCCCUCUCCUGCCAGUCUGAGCAACAGCACACAGAGACGUCGCUCCAUUCUAGAGAAACAGGCCUCAGUGGCAGCUGAGAACAGUGUGCUGUGUAGUUUCUUGCAUCAUAUGGAGAAGGGAAGUGGCCGUGGAUGGCAGAAGGCCUGGUUCGUCAUUCCUGAAAAUGAACCACUGGUGCUGUAUAUCUAUGGUGCUCCACAGGAUGUCAAAGCUCAGCGCAGUAUUCCCCUCAUCGGAUUCGAGGUGUCACUACCUGAAUCAAGUGACCGUCUAGAACGUCGCUUCGCCUUCAAAAUGAGCCAGAGUCAUUUGACCGUUUACUUCAGUGCCGACUGUGAGGAAAUGCAGCGACGCUGGAUGGAAGUUUUGUCGAGAGCCGGCAGGGGUGAGGAGUUGCAGUCAAAUGGUCCGAUUUCCGAAGCCCUUGAAGAAGAAGGGGAGGAGCCAGCACCUACAGGAGAAAGCACAUGAUUGGCUGAAAAAUAUGAUAUCAUUUUGCACACACAAACUGUACAAAUGUGACCACAGCGACAGGAUAUAUUAGACAAAACACACACACACACACACACACAUAUACCUUCUCUCUUACACACAUCUGUAUUAAUUGUCAGUUGUAAGUUGCAUGAAAUAUCUACAGGUACGUUUCUCUGUGUAUUGCUCAUCUUGUGUGAGUGACCAGUGUUUGGAACAAUCUGACAAAAGUGUGCACACUUUAAAGACGACUUAUCAGAGAACAUGUGAUUACAUUCAUCAACUCUUUCAGUCGCUAGCAGUUUCUUUGUUGAAUCGACUGUUUCUGCCAAAUCUCGAGGUGUUGUGAAGUGUUUUCUCAAGGGUGUGUUCACACUUGGCAGGUUUGGUUUGAUUAAAACGAACUCUGGUGCGAUUGCUCUGUUAGUGAGGUUUACUUGAAUAAAUGUGAACGCUGCAAUCUGAACCUUGGUGCGCACCAAACAAGCGGACCGAGACCGCUGAAAAGGUGGCCCAAACGAACUCUGGUGCAGUUAGACUGAAAUAUGAAAGCCAGACGGACCAAAGACAUCUAAACGAGCCAAAAACAGGACGUGAUGUCAUGAGAUGCGACCCAAAAAAAGUCUUGUCAUAAGAGCUAUGGUGCCCAUUACAAUUCGGUACAAGUGUAACUGACGUAGGACGGUAAGAGCUGUGCGUGUAAACCUCACUUCCCUGAUCUCAAGAGGCGCUCUAGCGACUCUAGCGGUAUUUAGCCUCCUUGUUAGAGCGCCCGACUCCCAUGCGGACGGGCCCUUGUUCGAGUCCCGCUUAGAGCAGGCAGUUCGAACAGGAGGGGUAAUAUUGGUGCCGUGACCCAGAUGGGAGUGAGUUUUAGGGAGGUGAGUGUAACGGACGUAGGCCGAUAAGAGGUAUGCGUGUAAACCUCACUUCCCUGAUCUCAAGAGGUGCUCUAGCGACUGACACUAGAGACACUUUAGCCGCCUUGUUAGAGAGCCCGACUCCCAUGCCAGCGAACCUGGGUUCGAAUCCCACUUAGAGUGGGUGGUUCGAACAGGAGGGGUUACACAGGUGUCAGAAACACAGUCUCCUUGCAGCAGAUCUUUGUUUGUGUGUGUAACGCAGGAAUUCCUGGUGCUGUUUUGACUCCUUUACACAUUUUAUAAACCCUUUGUGAGUUCUCAGCUGGUAAAAAUACCAAUCAUGUGCACCCACGUACAACGAGUGCUUUUUUGUAUCUUUAGGUUAGGUCUUAAAAACGACAGUGUGAACGCUAAGAGAACCAGGACAAAAUGUAUCAUUUUCUUUUUUCGUCCGGAGAACCAAGAGAACCGAACUACAAGUGUGAACACACCAUAACUCGAUAUGGAUCAUACUUGGUUUAGCGAAGUGAGACAGUUUAGCGAGGUGACCGGUGGGGUGGUGUCCAUGAAUGUUUGGCCUGGUUUUGUGAAAGGUUUAGGUGACACAGAGAGUCUACAGUAAAAUAUCCUAGUUUACAUAACCAGAAGCAGGAUGGAAUGACGAUUUUGUUGAUUUUAAAUAAGCAAAAAUCAGUGGACUAUGAAUCUGGCCAAUAUUCAUGGCAAUAAUCCGCUUGGUAAGAGGAUCAAAUCCUGGAUUUCACAUUUCGAUUACAUAUUAAACAUUGGCUAUUGCAGUUAGCAGUGAAUUGUGACAGGAUUGGACACAUGAAAUGUUGUUCAGCUAUGCAAGCCUGUGUUUAUCUCUUAUAGUGUGGUAAUCAGGAACUGAACUGCUGGAACAUAGCAGGAAUAUUUAUUAAGCAGGUUCUAACCACUCAAAAACAACAGAAAUAUGUGCUUCCUGUUGACUCCAGGGUCCUUCAGCUCAGAGAACACCGCCAAAUUUACUCUGCCACCUAGUGGUCACUCAUCAUAACGCUCUAGGAGUGAAUGUCAGGAAACCGGUCAAGAACAUGUCAGCCCAAAAUCAAAAUACAUUUUAUUUUGCAUAAAAUAAAUUAAGCUUGUUUUAAUGACCAUUAAGAUUUUUGUUGCAUUGUGACAAAAUAAAAAUCUCAUUACUGUAAUGUGAAAUAAAAUAAAUUAUAUAUUUAAAUAGUAAAUUAUUUAUAUGUUGUACUGUCUGUCAUUUAUGCUAAUUUAAAUAAAAAUUACAGUAUUGAGAAUAACGGGAAUUACAAAAACAUUUAACUUAAUUGUAAUGAAAUUGAUCAUAAUGGUCCUAAAAAUAAGCAUGUUUUUCUUUUAAACAAAAUAAAAUUGAUUUAUUUUGCGGGGUGAAAUGAUACCUGGACAUGUUUUUGUGAGAUUAACAUCUAAGACUGUCCCUUUUUGCUCAAACUGUAGGGAAAAACUUUUCUGAGAAGGAAAACAUGUAUAAAAGAAAUGGACAGGGCUCUCCUUACAGGAUAACAAUUUUAUCCUGUUGUUUGAGUGUGCAUGAGUGAUUUUAUGAAUGCAGAGGCGUUUUGUGGGAUGGAAUUUGAUAAGAUUUUAGGUCAUGAAGGGUAUGUAUAAAUCGGGCUAGUUUUUAUCAUUGAAAACUCAAUGAUAUCCCUGCCUUAUUUAGAGGGGGUUUUGAUAAAUAUAGAAUAUAUAUAAAUAAAACAAGGUAAAAAUUUUGAUGAGGAUAUCAACCGUUUUCAGCCGUGUUGUAUUUGUGUAUGAAAAGUGCAAAAGAUUAAAGGACGAAUUCAUUUGUAAAUAUAACUUAUUCCUCUGAGCCCAGUUUUGUGGGUUAGGUAUUGUCAACGAGCUUUGGUGUUUGAUCUUUGUUAUGUGCAGUUUUAAAUGGACUUCUGAGCAUUGUGGUAAAUUCCGGGUCAAGAAAAGCUUAGGAUAAGUUCUCUCAUUUUACCACUUAUUCCAGAGGUAGAUAUUCAGUGUUUUAGGAAGAGCUUCACUUUCUUUUCCUCUUUUGAAUCCAGUUUCCAAAACGUAUUUGCCAAUGUGAACGCCUGAUGACUCACUGAGAACUGCUUUAACUUUUUGUGUUUGAUAUUGCUUUAAUCUUGCUCUUUGUUGUCAAAGACAUCGCUCGAUUAAAAGUAAAGGUGAACCAGUUGGUGUGUUUCCCCAAACCACCAGCCUGUCUGCUGUUUCCUUCCUCAAGGUACAAGAAAGGACUGUUGAUGCCAGUGCAUGGUUUGGGAGCGCUGAAGGCUUUGGGACAGGGCUGCGUGUGUUAACUUCCAUAUGUUUACGACUUGUACUGGUCAUUCCCAGAUCCUCAGUUGAGCCUGCCCGUCACUCACGCUUACACACACACAUUCAUCUUCCUGCUUUUCUCAGUAUUAUUGUUCUUGAUAUCCUGCCUUACUGAUAUUUUGCAACCCUGUGCUUAUCUACACAUUGUUUUUCACAAUUGCUUUUUGCCAAAGUAUACUGUGUAUUAGAAAUUCAAAUGUCUUUUCUGUGUUUUUUUGUCACAUUUUUAUGUUUAUUUGUUUUUUGUUUUUUAUUUUUACUUUUUUAUACCAAUAUUUAUUGUCUUUUUUACUCCUUGAGGUAAUUGUAGUGAGGGUCGUAAAACUCAACAAUGAACCAAAAGAUGAACACUACCAAAAUACGAAGGAAAAACACUAUACGUUAACAUUUGGGAGAAUAUAAGUUAUUGUUUCUGUGUGCUCCAAGUAUGUUUUAAUCCCACACUAACAGAAAGUUAAUGCAUUAAAUUUGAUUUCCUUAGUCCACAAAAUGUAUUUGUAAACAGUAUUUUGAAGGGAUAUAAUAUAGAAUACGGAUAUAAUUCUGUGUAAUCUCACAAAAAUAGUUUUACUACAUUUUUCAAAAAAGAUGGAGAUGAAAUACACUGUAGUUAAUUUUAGGGUAUCUGAACAAUUGUGCAUUUUUAAGCAAAAUUAUCUGAACAAUCUCAUGUCUUUGAUCUGACAUUAAGUGUCAUAUACAGAAAUAGAGGUGCUAUUUUAUUGUUUGAUCAAGGGAACAGCUUUGUGUUUAUAAAUAAAUGACAUGAUGACAUUCAGUGUACAUGAAUGAACAGGCUAUAUAAUCAGAGUUUCUAGUGUUUAAUAUGGAGGAAUCACACAAUGGUACUUGAAGGAUCAGAGCAGGAAUCAUUUGGGAGAAACAUUUUUGUUGAGGAGAAACCAGUACGUCUCUGUGGUGCAGAACAGAGAAUUAAAUGUUACAUUGUAUAUAUUGUAUAUGCUCAAAUCUGCAAACCAAAAGACUCCAUGAAUAGCACAGUCUGAUGAUGAUGAUGUAAUCUGUUCCGACACCUGGAUUUUUGACUUGAGUGUUCUAAUCUUGUUCAUUUUUAUAACCUAGUCCUAUUUCACCAAGUUCCAUUUUGCCAUGAGGAUGAUUACUUUGUUACACGCCAAACUUUUAAAACCUAUUUAUUGUAAACCAGCCUUUGGUUGAGCAGGUUUCUUUUAUAUGGACAUGUACAAUGGAAGCUAAAGAGAGAAAUGUUGAGGCAUGGGCCGUUGUUUUGCUCAUGGAUGUUAAUGAUUACCUGCCUAGUGAUGAUCUACCAUUCCCUCUUCUGCUGUCCGGCAUCAUCACAGCAUGCCAAACCCAAGGAAUUGAAAUGAGCACCACCUGACCUGUUUCCUUUUUCUUUUCUUUUUUGCUGACUCUUCAUGUGAUGCACGUCUGCAACAAAUCAGCAGAGAGGGAUUUGUAAAACAUUGCCAGAUAGCCCUAUAGCUGAUCUUCUCAAGGACAGCUAACACCGUGUUAAUUUGCUCAGAAACACUCUCAGACAACCAAGAAAUGGCUGCAUUACGAGCUUUGAUAUGUUUUAUUUUCAAGCCUAUUAGCCAAACCAUCACACUAUACGGCACAAGUAUACAUGCUAUUGUGUUCCCUCAUGAAACCUGGUUUAUUGUACACAUAAUAUGGGUAUUGCUGUUAUUUCAAGUACUAUUAUAAUUAUUAUUGUUGAUUAAAUUAGUGGCAGGCCACUGGGUACCAUUGUAUGUUAAUAUCCCAAUGAAAUCUGUGCAAGAUCAUGAAAAUGUUUAUGAAAUAAAGUAAUAAAAGAACAAAAA